AUCAUUGCGUCAAACAAAUCAACUGUCAAAUUUAAUUCAACACAAAUGAAUGAAGCUUUCAAAGAUUUUUAAAAAUAUUUUGUUAAUAAAUGUUUCAAAACUGGAUUUUACCCAAAGAUAAAAUGCAAGGCACUAUCAAGGAGCUUCUUGACGCGUUAGGAUGUAGUUUGGAAGCGGACACUGUUUUAGAUUACAUCCAGAACGAUCCUAACUACGGCAAUAGUAAUUUAUCGUCUAAACAAGUGAAUGAGUACGCUCAAAGAUUGGCGCUUAAAGCUUCGAACGCCAAGUUGUUUUUGAAAAAAUAUGAAGAGCUGAGGAACAGAAAUACUGAUAACCUUGCUGAUAUCAUAGCACUGUUCUACAAAUUGGUGUGUGAUGAGAAAAAGUCGUCAAAAAUAUACAAACCAAAAGUGGCUCCAAAACCUAUAUUGGGUGAUAAUAAACAUCAAAUUACCAAAGAUGAUCUUCCUCAGAUCAAGGAUAAACUUCUGAAAGCAGUAGAUGAGAGUAAGAAACUCGUCAUGAAGUCCUUUGAGGAAAAAGAAGUUAAACUCAGACCAAACUGGUACAGCAGUUUGGACUUGCCCAGCUGGCAGAAGGACCAUCCUGCCAUGUCUUGGGACUUCCCAAAGGAACCUCUUCCAAUUGUGUCCUCCUUAUCUGGUGUGCCAAUAUCGUCUCAAGAGAAUAUCAUCAUUGAUGAUUUGCUAUAUGUCUUCUCUGGUGUCCCCGGCAACUACAUAGUGCAUCAGACAGUGAAAGACACCUUCGACCCUCGUACAUUCCUAAUAUCUGAUGAUGUAGAUGAUGCCUUGAAACAGAUCAUUCAGCAAAUGCUUCCGUUGGCUUCCAACUAUUCCAUAGUGAGAAGAUUUAUUGAGAACUGUAAUAUGUGGUCCGGUCAGGUGCUGCAUGCGUUGGUUGCAGCUAUUGAAAUACUGUUGAAGGAUUAUUAUACAAUGAUAGCUCAGUUGGAGACUGAGCACUUGUCGGCUAACCUGACACUUCAAAAGCUGUGGUACUUUGUCUUGCCUACCAUGCAUACCAUGCAAGUCCUUGCCGCUAUCGUCACCAAUAUUGGAAAGAGUGAAUUGCGCGGUGGUGCAGUGCUUACAGUCCUGCACGACAAGACGAACACGUUGAUGGGCGACGCGCGGGCGCAGGAGAUAUCCUUGUUCCUCACCGAGAGAGCUUGCCGUCCAUACUUAUGUAUUUUAGACCAGUGGAUACAUAAAGGCACUAUUGUUGAUCCUUUUCAGGAGUUCAUGAUAGAAGAUAACGAGUUGAUCAACAAAGAGGAGCUGCCGGUGGACUACUCGGCGGACUACUGGGAGAAACGCUACAGCAUCCAGAGAGACAGAGUGCCCAAGUUCCUUGACAAGUUCACCGACAUCAUCCUCAGAACUGGCAAAUAUUUGAACGUUAUUAGCCAGUGUGGUAAACCAAUAACAAAAACCAACACUGAAGAAAUAAAAUACUCGCUCAGAGAACAAAACUACGGUGCCAUAAUUCAGAAAGCAUACGCAUAUGCCAGCAAGUCGUUGUUAGAGCUCCUAUUAAAGGAGUAUGAUCUCAUGGGAAGACUGAAAUCAGUAAAGAAUUACUUUUUAAUGAGCCAAGGAGACUUCAUUGUACAGUUCAUGGAUGCUACCGAACAAGAACUCUCUAAGAAGAUCGAUGAUAUCAUACCUUCGAAACUUGAAUCCCUUUUGGGAUUGUGUUUGAGGCUGUCAGCAGCAAGUCACGACCCGUAUAAUGAAGAUAUGAAAAUUGAACUGCUUCCCUACGACUUGCAAUUCCAAAUGUUUAAGAUUCUAUCUAUUGAAACUGAAGAGGAAAAAGAGUACAAACAGAACAAGGAUUGUCCCCCUCUAACGGGCAUAGAGACAUUCUCGUUCGGCAUGGAGGUGAAGUGGCCGGUGUCGCUGAUACUCAACCACAAAGCUAUAGCUUGCUACCAGAUGAUAUUCCGACAUCUAUUCUACUGCAAACAUGUUGAAAGAUUGCUGUGCAGAGUAUGGCUGUACAACAAAGUGGUGAAGCGUUUCUCGGAAGCGCGUCUGUACGCGGACGCCUUCGCGCUGCGCCAGCGCAUGCUGAGCUGCAUACAGCAUCUGCAGUACUACAUGUGCGUCGAGGUCAUCGAGCCUUCCUGGUGCCAGCUCAUACAGAGCCUGGAUAAGGUUCAUAAUGUGGAUGAGGUGUUGGAGCGUCACAACGACUUCUUGGAGUCGUGCCUCGGCGACUGCAUGCUCACCAGCCCGCAGCUGCUGAAGGCAGUCACUACGCUCUGCCUCGUCUGCGUACAGUUCUGCACUUUCAUACAGGAGAUGCACAAGUACUUCGUGGACGCAGAGCUUAACAGUAUGCUUGGAUCGACGUAUGACAAUACAGACUAUAGUGAGGACGCGGGUUGUGGGGGUACCACGACCACUGGUUCAGCGGAUUCAUUCUCCCGGUCGGUGUCGCGGUACGGACUGCGUUUCACCGCGGCGCUGCUGUCUGUGCUCGCCAUUAUUGACAGGAUGGCCAGAGACAACAAUACUAAUAAACUGUUGAAUAUAUCUGCGAGAUUAAACUUCAAUACUUACUAUGUGAAGCAGUUGGAGAAGUUAUGUUCAGAUGACAAACUGAUGGAAGGCGAGAGGAAGCAAACCGUCUCCUAGCACAGGACACCGCGCACGCGCAGGAAUCUCGUCACCUCCGUGUGAACACACCCUUAUAUCUCAAAUCACCAUUCAUACUAAAUUGUAAUUGUAGCUAUAGGAAGUACUGCCAGGGAAAUAAGUUGGUUAACUUAUUUUUAACAUCAGAAGAAAAGUAAAUAUCCGAGAAUAUUCAGUUUUUAACUAACUUGCAAUUUAAGUAUUUUCAAUGAUAAUUUUGGUGUUGGCAGUACUUUGUUUCGUUACAAAACAAAUUCAAAAUAACUUGUUAUUCCUAAGUAGCACUUGCCGUCUGGUUAUAAAUAGUACAUGACUUCAGGAGGUCAACACUACCUAAUUAAUCUUCAAACAUCACAUUAAUAUAGUGUAAUAAUUAUGCCGUCGCUGUUCUAAUGACUAUAUAAAACCAUACUCUCCUGCCACUAAGUACAACUCAUAAUAUAAAAGACGUGUAUUUUUACUACUCAAACUUAACAAUCUCUAUUAAUCUCAAAAUUUAAAGUAAAUGAUAUUCAUAAUGUAAUGUAACUGGUUAGUAGAUAGGCAAUAGUUAUUAGGCUCCUUGUUGUGCACGUUCUUGGUCACAAAUUCGUUCGAAAUUACUAUUAGAAAGUACAAACACGUAAAAAUGCAUUUAGGGAAUGAAUCAGUAUUUAGAUAGACAUAAUCAAUGUUGUUCCGUGUUUAGAUGUUAGAUAAUGAAAACUAAAUAUGUAGCUGUAUUCGAAAUUACCCAAUUGUGGAGUCAAAAAUAUUGGAUAGCCCGAAAAGUUUAAAAAAUUAAGGAAUCUUCAGCAUCACGCGUAAGCGGUAUAACAGUUGUUUAACACAACUUUAAUGUACACAUAUCUUUGAAAUUUUGUUGCGAUUAGAUAUAGACUGGGUAACUAACAUAUUUUUGAUAAAAGUUCACUAUUUUAGAAAUUAUUUUUACUAACAGAAAAGCCACUCUCAUUCCUUGCCACAAGUUUUAAGACAUUGACAAAUUAGCAGUAGAAAAUAGCUAUAGAAUUUACGAAUAUAAGAAAAUCGACUAUAAUAAAAUCGUAUUCUAUAAAAUUUUAAUCUCCACAUAGGUACGCUACGUUUUCGCUUCCAUGUCGACUUGACAAAGUAUAUUUAUAGUAAGAAUUUUACAUUCGUUGAUGUUAUUGGCUGUGUAAUUCAAAACCCCUUAUUGUUACAUUUAAGUAAAUACAAUUUGUGCUGUUACUAACGACGUGCCAUUUGUUUUACAAUAUUGAAUUGUUGAAUUAAUUUUUGAUCCUGGUUACUUGUUUUAUUAGUGGUCAUCACACAUAUUUUGUAGGUGGAUUAAUACAAAUUCGUAAUACUAUCUGCAAUAUUAUAUUAUGCUCUCUAAAUCUGUUAUCUAAAGGGAUACAAUUAAAUACCUUCCAUAUUGUAAUGUAGUGGGCUGUGUGUAGUCUAUCAUACACUUACGUUUUAAACGAUAUUUUAAAUCCCAAUAUUAUCAUAUGAAAUCUCAGUAUGUUACAUGUAAAUACCAUCGUUAUUAUUAUAAUACAAUAAAUAAACCCAAUAACUAAAAAAA